ACUACAGACCCAGGAAUUUUUUUUCCAUUGUGAAGUCCACAAGGUUUUCCUUCUUGUUCUUCACUUUAUUUAAACCUCACUGGGAACAAACAGAUCUGAUCCAAGUCCCUGUCAGACUCUUCGCUCAGCCACUAUGAAAAUAGCAUCUUUUAACAUCCAGAAGUUUGGAAAAAACAAAGUGUCAGACCCAGAUAUUCUCAAGAUCCUGACUAAGAUUGUGUCUCGUUAUGACAUCAUUGUGAUCCUGGAAGUGGUGGACAUCAGCGGGACAUCUGUAGAAACCUUCCUGGAUGCACUCAACAAAUCCAACAAAAGGCAUCACUACACUCUGAAGAUCAGCACUCGUCUGGGUCGAACGCGCUACAAGGAGCAGUUCAUGUUCCUGUACAGAGAUGACAUGGUUGACUUGGUGGGCUCCUAUCAGUUUGAUGAUGAGACGACUGUGGGAGGAGACGUUUUCGCUAGAGAUCCCUACAUCCUGCGAUUCAGAUGCCUCAAUACAGUGCUGAAGGACCUUGUGAUGAUCCCAGUUCACACCAAACCAGAGGACUCAGAGAAGGAGCUGGAUGAGCUUUACCAUGUCUUCCUGCAGGUCAAGGAGAAGUGGAGGACUGAUAACGUGAUGAUCCUGGGCGACUUCAAUGCCGAUGGCUCGUACGUCUCCAAGAAAGAGAUGAAGGACAUCAGUAUCCGUAGCAACAAGAACUUCCACUGGCUGAUUGGAGAUGAUGUCGACACCACGGCCAGCACCGGAAACAACCACACAUACGACAGGAUCGUCGUCUACGGGGACGACAUGCUCCAGGCUGUCGUACCAAACUCUGCCAAACCCUUCAACUUCCAGAAGGCAUAUGGACUUAGUGAGGAGCAGGCUCUGAAAGUGAGCGACCAUUACCCUGUGGAGGUGGAGCUGAAGUCCAUAACUAAGAUAACCGAUGAAGAGGAUGGUCUAAAUACGCAGCAGCAGGCUCAGCCGAUACCACAGAGGCUCUUGGCAAUGGACGAGGAUCUCCUGGAGUUGAAGAGAGGAAACCUGCUGCUGGAGAGGGAGAAGCUCAGCCUGGAGAUCAAGAUCCUUCAGCAGAAGAUGGCCAAGAUGAACUCUGGAAAUAAUGUUUAAACUCAGGAGGCCAGAUCCACCUAACAAACUGAUAAACUCUUAACUUAACCAUUACCUACAGAACCACUCUGAGUGUUGACUUGACUGCUACAAUUUCUAACGCCAGACACUAACUGUUCACUGGACACUGCAGUUGAUCUGGGUUCAGCCUGCUGUACCUAGAGCGCCGACCUGGAUUUCAGUGUGUAUCUGGAAGACUGCUCAUAUCCCUUAUCAAUAUGAACAGAGAAACACUUCUCAGUUGGUGUUGUCGUCAUGAGGUGAAGUGCUAUUUGUUUUGUAUUGGUGCACACAAGUUGUGGCUCAUUUCGAAGGUCAUGUAACCUCUGUUCUAAUUUUUGCAAAGUUACAUACGUUCUGGCUGACUUCAUGAAGUUUUUUUUUUUUUUUUUUUUAAGGUGAAAUGUUUUCUUUCAUGCUCCACAAUGCCUGAGUUAAGAAUCAAUCAACACUCUAUAAAUAUCAAUAUGAUAACUCUGAUAAUUUCAAUUGUUUUUAUCAUUUUUUUAAGUAAUACAUACGCUUUAUUGACAAUUGGAUCUUGAAGUGCUUAAAAAUGUAUAUGAAUUUCAACCUGAUUAUGUGAACUAUAAUAUUCCAUUUCCUCACUUGGAGAAAAAAAGUGGCAGAGAAUUGUUCUGUUCAGUGUUGUACCGUAAUAAGCACAUCGCAUGCUCUCAUAACUAAAACUUCAUGAUAUUGCUGCAAUAGUGAACGUAUAUAGGAUUAACACUGUCAGUAUACAUACCAUUGAAAUUGAAUGUGAAAUACCCGAUUAAAACUAACCUGACAUCA